GAGCCGUUGAAAAGAGUCCAGGCGAGGAAGAGAAAAUUGGACCUGCACAAAGAACUCUGCAAGAUUGGAAUAACAAGAACAACGUCCGGGGCAGCUGGAAAUCCAGGGAAUCCGGCCCAGCGGCAGCAGCUGGAUCCCGAUCCAGUUCCACCCGCAGUGUUUCAAUUUCCGCAAUGCGAAGUACGCCAGAAUAAAUCCACGGGAGCCCACUACGAGGAUUUGCUGUAUCAGGACGUCGAGAAAACGCCCACCGCGUCUGGGCGCAAUUUGCAGCCGUACUCUGUGACGACCCGUCAGUGGGCGGAGAGCGUGCCGAACAAUUUGCUGAGAGUCUAUCUGCAAGCCUGCAAAGACAGAGUGGUCUUCUGGGACCCGGGGCAAGAAGAGCCCAAGGACUUUCCGGUUAAUGAGCGGGGUUUGGAUGUUGAGCAGCUUCAGGCCGGAAAAGAACCAGAGGCUGUGGUGGGUACGGCAGAUGUUUAUUUCGAUCGUGUCGCAGAGGAAGGGGCAGCCCGUGAAGGGGCCAGCGGACAGCCGGAAGAAGACGAUUUUCUCGCUGCGUUGUUUGACACCACAAACAGGGACCGCUCGCUGGAAGAGAUUCUAGCCUCUUCAAACGUGCAGCCAGAAACGGGAAAAAAACUCGAGGAGCAUCAACUCGUCGAGGACACCGGCAUCGUAAAAGAAGAACCGCGUGAAGAGCAGGAACGUACGGGGAAAGAAGAAAUUAAAGAUCUCGAGGACGGAAGGAAGCAGGACGUUGUAGCACCAUCUUCGGUAAUUGUUUCGUCCGAUGAUUCCGAAUCGAAAGUGCCGCAUUCUGGCUAUCUCGACAUGCGGGCGUACCGCGAGCUGAUGCGCGAAGGCGUUUUUGAAAGCGAUCUGGUCGUAAGUGCCUGGGUGCAGGACUUCGAGGACGGGCGGGCCAUUCGCAAGAUUGCCGAGCCCCACUGCAGUAGGUGUACAUUGCAGGAAGCGGGAAGGGGUAAUCUGGUACGACCUUUCGGGGAGAGAAAGCCGGGAAGUUGUCAGGAAGAUAAUUCAGAGAAUGGUAGGGAAUACUAUCUCUACCUCGACCCUAUCCCACCCGCUCACCAGCUGUGCUACACCGCGAAAGGCGCACCGCUGUGCCUCCUCGAGUACCAGCGCGAAGUGGAUCGUCUCUAUUUCGAGCGCAGUUUGUUCACAAGAUAUCUGUCGCCUCGCACUGGGCUAACGUCCUACAACCUCCGGCCGGCGAGCUACAUCGCAGCGCGCGGGAAUAGUUGUGACCUGCGGAUUUCUACUGUUAUAACCACUCGAAGAAGCAACAGAGGCAGCGGGAGCAACAUCAAUAAAGAUGGCGCUAGCAAUAAUUCGCCCUGGACGUCGUCGGUAGAGGAGUACGAGAAUGAGACCGACUUCCGUCUGAACACCGUUGAGGCACAAUACUUCCGCCUGGACCUGGAAUUUCGCGGGCUGUUCCUCCAGAGAACGGCUAGCAAGAUGCGAUCUUCGUGCAGCUUCAAGGACGUGGACGCGAGGCGAAGAAAGGUAGAGGAACAUGCGGCUGCGAAAAUUUCAUCUGUUUGUAGUGGAGCGACAAAGCAUCUUUCCGUCCGGGAGUUGCUGCUGCAGAAAUUUGACAUUUAUUCCUGUUCAUCUACUCAAGAAAGUGAAAUUAACACCAACGCAACUACAUCUGCCCUUUCCCCAGACCCAGACCCUACAGGAGAAGACACAAAAAGCCGCAAAAAAGCCGCCGGGAAUUUAUUUUCUGGCAACACCAGCGGAAAUUAUAGCAGCGAGAACUUUUUCAGUCCAAACGCCAAAAAGUCAUCGUCAAGGGCGUCAGAGAAGAACGUCGCGACUUUUUUGGCUUCGCGGCGGAGUCCCGAUAUUGUCGCGGGUGUAGGACUGGACAACUUGCCAGAUUCCGGUUCGCGCGGACAGCGCAACGUUGUGCCCGCGCAUCUCGGGGGUAUCAACCUCGCUUCCCGCACGUUUUGGGCGCAGGGCGGUAAUGGUGGUCACGAGGGUAGAAGCACUUCUGCACUGCAGAAUGUCGUCGCUUUCGCGCUCGGUGAUGCAGAAUCCGACAAAAGGCGAGAUUUGUUGUUGGACAGCUGGUUCGAAGAGUAUGAAGUAAACUACUGGACGGCCUUGCACGAACUUGUGUCUGAAUUGGCCUUCCUGAAAGAAGAAGAAGAUGAAGGUGCCACUGGAGCGGCUUCUGGAAGUGGGUCAUUCGCGGCCUAUUGCAGGGCGGGACUACAACUAGCAGCAGAAGUCGACCACAAAACCCUGGUGUCCGAUCAACGCGCAGAGGAGCGGCGGUGGUUGUUAUCGCGCAUUCGGGCGGAACUCCUGGACGACGGUUGGCGGGCAACACAGUGCUUGAAUGCGUUCGUUUGGUGCUUCGGUCCACGUGGUCGACGAGAUAAAACGGAGUGCGAACAAGAGGAGGAACUUCUUCUCACCGCUGCAGCAGAGAAAACGAUAAGGGACCGCAUCGAAAACAUCACUAAGCAGCGCCGAUGCGAUUUCGGAAAUCGGGACGGCGCCUAUGCGUCACACGGACCAGCACGGCAGCGAAUGCUGGAGGAGCGGCUACAGGAGUACUGCGAGUUUGUGUUGCUGCUUUGCAAGCGCACAAAUGGGACGAGUGCCGGAGCUCCAUCAGGGUCAGAUGCGAAAUUGCGACGCGAUCUUCCGAAAUUCGCCGAACGAACCAUCGAUUUUUCCGGGUGCAGCACAGAUUUUCGUUGUAGCAGAACGGCAGACGCGAACCUCUUGAGCAACGCCUUGCGCAGUGACUACCUUCCACCAAUCCAUUGUGUAAGGAAUAGCCUAGGAUGCUACAGCUCUCGAAGCAAAAAGGCCAGACUUGAGCAGAGCAUUGCUUCACGAUCAGUGUUGCAUCACGAUGAUCAUAGCGAGGACAUUCAGGAUUUGCUUUCAUCUGAGAAGCUGCGCAAGUGCUUGCUGGAUGGCCAAACGUCAGAUCAGACACCACAUCUCGCAGACCUAAGGAUCAUAGAUGUUUGUCGAUCUGUCUUGGCGGGUGACACAUAUGACAAUCCGAACACUUCUCUAAUACGCACCAAAGCAAACGAAAGCCAAAUCCGUUUGUAGGAGAGUCAUCUCGAUGUUGCCAUGCAACGACACGUGCGCG